AUGAAGGUCGCGCUCUUCGAGCAGGCGUCCAGUUACGCGCCCUACGGCGGCCUCAUCCAGAUCCAGAGCAACGCGCUCCGCGCCAUCGAGCGCAUCAACAAGGACGUCUACGACGAGCUGGUCGCGGCGGGCACGGUGACGGCGGACCGCGUUUCCGGCCUCAAGAUCGGCUACAAGCGCGGCAACAAGCUCGCGGGGCUCUACGACAAGGGCGACUGGCUCGUGCGCUUCGACACGCUCGGCCCGGCGCUGGAGGCGGGCCUGCCGGCGACGGUCGUCGUCGACCGGCCCGUCAUCCAGCAGAUCUUCGUCAAGCACGGCUUCCCGGAGGAGACCGUGCGCAUCGCGAGCCGCGUCGUCGACUACGGCGACGAGGGCGGCUGCGUCAAGGCCGUGCUCGAGGACGGCACGGUCGCCUACGGCGACGUGCUCGUCGGCGCGGACGGCGUCUGGUCGUCCACGGUGCGCGUCGCGGACCAGGCGCAGCGCCGCUUCUCGGGCUUCACGUGCUACGCGGCUCUGGCGGACAUCCGCGCGUCGAACAUCGAGGAGGUGUCCUACCAGAUCCUCCUCGGCGACAAGAAGUACUUCGUGUCCACGGACGGCGGCGGCGAGCGCCAGCAGUGGUUCGCGCUGAUCCGCGAGCCGCCGGGCGGCGUCGACCCCGAGCCGACGGCCGAGAACCCGACGCCCAAGCUCGACCGGCUCCGCCGCGAGUUCGCCGACGGCAACGUCUACGCGGCCGACGCCGACGGCAAGGUCUGGGACGGCUUCGCGCUCGAGCUCGUCGAGGCGACGCCGGAGUGCGAUAUCAAGCGCCGCGACCUCUACGACGGCGCGCCGCUCCUCGACAACCUGGACCUGAAGCGGUGGUGGAGCCCCUGGGCCGACGGCCGCGUCGCCAUCUGCGGCGACGCCGCGCACCCCAUGAUGCCCAACCUGGGGCAGGGCGGCUGCCAGUCGACGGAGGACGGCUACCGCCUCGCGGAGGAGCUCGCGACCGUGACGCACACGAAGGACACGUCGGCGGCCCUCGGGUCCUACAGCCGGAAGCGCGUCGUCCGCACGUCCAUCGUCCAGGGCUUCGCGCAGCUCGGCUCCGACCUCCUCGUCGACUUCGACCUCAUGAUGACGAUCCCGCUCGUCGGGCCCUUCUUCCUCAAGGCGACCCAGCUCUCCAUGCCCUGGAUCCUCCGCUUCCUCUACACGCCCGAGUUCUAG